AUGGAUUUAGACAAUAAUUGCACACUAGUGUUACUAGAUACAAAUUUAAAUACUUUCCAUGAACCUCCCCCCUGGUUCCCUUCUCCAGAACUAGUAGAAAAUCUUGAGUUGGUUUUUCAAUUCAACAACAACUUCCCCUCUAAUAUCAUAUUUCAACACAUUGCAGACUUCAAACAACCAUACUUACCGUCACAAACCCACUCACCCCUCAUAACUCUAACCAAGCUUAACAAACAUAAUUCAUUUGAAGAAUAUCAAACACAAGAUGAUGAAAUAAUGCAAAAAACAUGCCAUGUAACAUUUCAAGGUUUUAUAGAUUAUGGAAUAGGACCUCCACGAGUAUUGACUCAUGGGAAAACUCUAAUCGUCUGUUCGGGAGAAUUAUCAAAAUUAGAGAUUACUCCUGAACGCUUGACUAAAAGCGUAAUCCAGGGAAAUGAAGAUAUACAAGUACUUUUAGAAAAACGGAGGCAAUUAUCAUUCUUGCACCAGUGGAAACGUAAUGCAUUGUUCUUUCAUCUAUGGGAAAAGUUGAAGCCACACGUUUUCAAUAAUCAAAAUAAACUGAAGGAAUAUGCUAGACAGCUUCAAGAUAUAUUUCCGCAAACUUGCAAACAAAAUAACCGUUCUUGGACACUUUCAGAGUCAAGUAAUUUUGAAAAAUUGGAAUCUGAUCUUUCAGAUAUGUACGCAUACCUUGCCAGAAAGCAAAGAUCAACAACUCUUUUGAAACAGAAGGCUUCCAGAAUGUCUAGGUACUUUUUUGAAAUGCUAGCUGAGGCUAAAGAAUGCGAAAGGAGAAUGUCUGAAUGCGAGUUGUUCAUCGAGGAAAAGAUCUACGGUCGUCGAGACUUUAUCUCUAAAAUGAACCAGAAAAAUAAAAGAAUUGUGAAACAAACAGCCAAUGGAGAUACUGCACUGGCGGAUCACACCACCAUUACUACUGUUAAUGAUUACCAUACAACAAAUCCUUUUCCUCUCCGUAAAAACGAGCAUACUGAAGAUGAUCAUUCAAAUAGUUUUGACGAUUCUGUUCCACAUGGCUAUGACGAAAAUCAAGGCAUACGUCGUAAAAUGUAUCGCAAGAUGGAAGAACAAGGGGAACUAGAUGGAUACGCUUCCAUACUAAAGGAAUUAUCAGAUCAUAUUUUCUCUCAUGGCCGUGGCCAUUCGUACCCGUUUCAUACGUUUCUAUCACAGCUUUCAUGGCUAAAUGAGACGGAUGACACCAGACCCACAAUACCACCUAGUCAGGAUAGUUUCAGAGAUGGUACGCUUUACACUACUUGUGUAUACGCUGAGAUUCGUCUCAUGAUCAUUUUACGGGCCACACUUACUGCUUUUAAUGAUGGCCUUGAUGGUAAGAAAUUGGAAGCUAUGGUACAGCAAAUAAUAGAUUCUAACAAUGAAUUAUAUGAAUUAAAACGGAAGUUAGACAGUGGAAGGUGCGCCUUGUACAAGAAAUUGAAAUUACACUGGGCAGAACGCAACUCAAAAUGGAAUUGUUUCCCUCCUCUAAAAAGAGGUUAUAGAUUGUUGAAUAUGCUUGGUAAAGGUGGCUUUGCUGAGGUUUGGGAAGUUUUUGAUCCAAUUACCCUCACUGUACAUGCUGCAAAGUUACACAUAUUAUCUCCCGACAUGGAGUUGACUGAACGGGGGAAUGUGGUUAUGCGUGUAAAGAAUGAGAUUGAUAUUCACAAAUCCUGCCGUACCCAUCAGCAUAUUGUUGAUAUGAAGGCCUGCUUCGAAAUGGGUGACAACAUGUUAGCUACCAUACUCGAGUUAUGUGAGGAUGGAGACCUCGAUCGUUAUAUAAAAGUCCACGGACCUGUAUCAGAGGAAUUGGCUAUCAUUUGGACCUCGCAAAUACUAGAGGGGUUACUGUACAUGAAGCAUUUGCCACAGGGUAGAGUACACCAUUGUGAUUUGAAGCCAGGCAACAUACUUUUUCAUAAGGGGAUUAUCAAACUGGCAGAUUUUGGACUCUCUCAAAUGGUAUCCCUUGAUUCUACCAACACAAUUUGGACUGGAGGUGGCACUUUAUGGUACCAACCUCCAGAAUGUUUGUUGGCCAACUUCCAAAAUAUGCCACCUCUUCUAUUAACGGAUAAGAUUGACAUGUGGGCCGUGGGUUGUAUUUUGUACGAGAUGUUGUUUUGUACUCGUCCUUUUGGGGCAACUAGUUUGAGUGGCACACUUUCCGAACAAAUAUACAAUGAAUCACUGAAAGGUGUACACUUCCCCUCAUCUUUUCAACAAAUAUCAAAUGAUUGCAAAUUACUUAUCGAAAAAUUGUUGGAAUUUAACCCUGAUACCAGGUAUAGCAUUGAAGAGGCACUUCAGUCACCUAUUAUCAAGAAUCGCAUCAAAAAAUCACAAUAA